CACCCGAGAACCAGUUUGAACAUGCCCCGACCGACCGCCCAGCCGCGCCACUCGUCGCAACAACGGAAGGGCCGCGCUAGCGAGGAGUUCGACCGCAGAUUCGACGGCCCGUUCGGCCGCCCGAGCCUCGCCAUGGCGCGCAGGCGGAGCUCGGCCCAGCCGCAGAUCACCGAGGGCGAGGAGAUGGAGAUCGUCGAGCCGACGGUCACGGACAGCGCUGGCGAGCAGGUGCCCGUACCGCCGUUCCAGCCAGAGCCUCCCAGGCUGGGCUACACGCUGAGGACUAGGAAGUGGGCCAUCUUUUUGUUCUGGUCCAUCAUCUUGUUCGACUCCGUGGUCAUGCCCAUUGCCCUGUACUUCGGCCUGUGGUACGGUGUGGGACCGGGCAACCCUGCCAAUGAGAAAUUGAGCGCGAAUACCGUGUUUAGUAUUGUUACGGCGGCAUUGGGCGGUGCGAGUAUUCUGGAGUACUUUGUCCGAUUUUGGCGGCUAUAUAAGAAGGACAGCACCUGCAGGGUCAUCGGAGCACAUCGGUGGUAUCUUGACUGGUUCCAUUGGAUGUUCACCCUGGCUUGGAUCGUCGUUAUGAUCGAACUGAUCGUCGGAUCCGUGCAGGAGGACCCAUACGUCCGCCUCCUCUCCAUGCCUUUGGCGACCAUGCUAUUUGUGUUCGGCACGCUGCUCCUCGGCAUCGACACCUGUCGAUACUUCCAAGUCCCAGCGCCCUGCAGGAUCUCGUCGGUACCCAAGGGCUCCCAGCUGCGCCCUGGCAUCUACUCGCUCAUCGAGGACAUCUGCGCCGUCGACGGAUCGGGAGGCACCGACUACCGCGUAGCAUUCGACAAGCGAUACGAGGCGAGCCAUAUCUUCCGGUCCAUGCUGAGGAGGCUAGGCAUCUUCUGGGCCGUCGGCGCCGAGAGCUGCGCCGUGCUCUGUACGAUAUUGAUUUUCACCCUGAGCGUAGACGCCGCCUACACCAUUGGGUGGAGUGUGCCUUUUGUCUGGGCUGGCAUCUGGACUGGGGCCACGUUCUGGUAUGCGAAGAGGGAGCUGAAGAAAGAGGCGGAGCUCUGGAAUGCCGAAGCUGCCAAG